ACGGCAAUGCAGCUCAGUGCUGUGUGACGCCUGACAUGGCCGAAUCAUAGGGAGCUGUAACGGACCACCUGACUUGUAAAUUUAAAGCAAUUCAUUGUGUGGACCGGGAACUAUCAAUUCCAGAUUCAGCUGUAAAGUUCGAGAAGUUUACGUAGCAGUUCUACAAUAGUGUACAUUUGUAUCUGAAAAAGUGCGUGGACUGUGAGGAAUAACAGCACGCAACACGUAUCCCGUGGGAUUCCACUCUAGAGUUAGUGAGACAAGAGGACUUGGACCGAGGGUGCAACUGAGAAGGGGUCGGAGUCGCAUAUAGAAGAGCAACAGAAGAGACGAUUUGAUAUUUGCCCCGUAUCGUCACAUCUUUGUCAAAGGAAUAAUGCGGAACAUUUGGAUAAUUCUCACCCUCGGCAUAACAGCCUUUCUCUCCGGGGAAAGGAUAGCGGAGGCGGCCAAGCCCUCCUCGCCCCAGGUGGAUGAUCUGUACCUGGAUGAAACAGGCUCUGGAGGAUAUUACCCUGAGGAUGACGACGACUUCAACUCAGGCUCCGGCUCAGGCGUGGGGGAGGAGGAGGUGGAGAAAGCGGUGACCGUCAGCACGUUGUACAUCAUGCCCAAAGCUGUGCCCACCAAGGACUCCACCAAAGACUUCACCCCCCGGGUGGAGACAGCUCCAGUCAGGGAUCUGUCCACAGAGACGCCCCAGAAGCCCGCCAGGACAGAGCCCCCAGCGGUGGUGACAGAGGACGUGCGUGGCAGGAACCAGAUGACCAGCACUCCAGGGGGAGACCUCGAUGAGAUCCCCCUGGAGCCCAUCGAGGUGCACUCGGAAAACCUGUUCCAGAGGACAGAGGUGCUGGCAGCCGUCAUUGCGGGCGGGGUCAUUGGCUUUCUCUUCGCCAUCUUCCUCAUCCUCCUUCUGGUCUACCGCAUGAGGAAGAAGGACGAGGGAAGCUACGACCUGGGCGAGAGGAAGCCCUCUGGAGCAGCCUAUCAAAAGGCCCCCACCAAGGAGUUUUAUGCAUAAAACCCCACCCCCUCAGCACAAGAUUGACGAAUCACAGGGACAGUUUACAGCAGUCCAUGACAACGACAAACCUGUUCGAAUACAUACAAAAAUGAGUUGAAAAAAAAAACGAAAAACAAAACAGUUGAUUGAGACAAAAUAACAUAAAGAAAAGCUUUCGCAUAGAUUAUUGUAAUUAA